GGACGAACACCCAGCCGUGGCCUGAUCUCUUCCUGUCUAGCUUUGGAGAACGCUGGGGAAGACUCCAAUAUGUGUCAUGGCUCUCUCAGACACGCGCAAUUAUGUACUUGCUGUCGAGAAUAACAAGCAGGAAGCGGCGGAAAUCGCUAAGUCGGUGGCACAGAAAAUCGAGAGUCGCCAGACGACCUUGAUUGAAGUAGUCCAGUCACUAGGCGAGUAUAUCAAUGACGACGACGAGAAGAUCCGCGCCAGGGCCGUUUCCUACCUGGUUGCUGUCAUCUCGGCACUUCCUCCGAAAUACCUGUCUAGACAACAAAUCCAGGUGCUUUGCCAGUUCUUCUGUGAUCGCAUCGAAGAUGGAGGAGCAAUUGAGGGCUUGUCCAGGCUGCAGGGCCUCGAAAGAUUUACAAAUGAGAUGGCUCAAACGGUUGUGAGAGCGUGAGUGCGGACCACCACGCUACAGCUAUCCACGGACUUGCCCCGAAAGUGGUCCAAGGUUGUCUGGCAGCGAAACUGUGCAGUUGGGCUUGACUGACAAGCAUACAAGGAUAUUUGAGCACUUCACGGACUUGCAGACACGCAACCAGGCUAGCAGGUACCGGAUCCUCCAGCUCCUGAAUGAAUUCCUGGAUCACCACCGCAAAGCGGUAAGGGACAUGAAGGAUGAGUCCCUUGUGGGUAUCACGGAUCUGGUGGCAGGCGAAAAAGAUCCCCGAAAUUUAAUGUUGAUCUUCUCUAUGCUGAGGGUUCUCAUGGUUGAAUGGGACAUCAAGGACCAUGUACAAACCAUGUUCGAUUCGGUAUAUGCUUAUUUCCCCAUCACAUUUCGUCCGCCUCCCAAUGAUCCUUAUGGUAUUACAGCCCAGGAUCUGAAAGACAGACUACGUGAAUGUCUGGCUUCUACUGGAGCGCUAGCGCCAUACACUUUUCCCAAUAUGCUGGAUCGUCUCGAUUCUACCUCCACCACUGUCAAGAAGGAUUGUCUACAGACUCUGACUGCCUGUACUACCAACUAUGACCCUGAGACGCUGAGCCAGUUCUCAAUACCUCUCUGGGAUGCCGUCAAGUUUGAGGUACUACAAGCGCAAGAACAAGAGCUAGCCGAAGAAGCACUUCAUGUUCUUAAAGGCAUCGCUACCUGCUUGUCUACCACUGUUCACGCCUCUCAAAGCACCACAUCGUCGCCACUCCACCAAUACUUGACACCUAUCAACAAAGAAUGCCUUGAACAUCUGCAAGAGCCGGCGACAAGGCAGGCAAAGGCUUCCGGGGACAUCCUCAAAGCAGUGUCAUCAGCCUCGAUCCCAGCCUUUGAAAUUGUGGUGCAAACCGUUGGACCAGCACUGUUAGCUAUCUAUCAAUCUUCGGCGGGCUUGGUGCAACAGCGAGCGAUCCUGGAGAUUGCCAACCAGUUGUUCGAAGCUUCCAUCGAAGUCUAUGGGUCAUGGGCAGCUCCAAGCCCUAAGAAUCCUGAAGGGCGACAGAAUCUUAUCGGACAAUUCAAGGACAAAUUUGUGGCCGUAUAUAGUCAAGCCUUGAUGGGGACGGUCAAGGAAGAGGUUUCAUUCCGGUUGACGGCGGCUAAUGGGCUGCUGCUGUGCUCCAAAAUGAAUUCGGUGCUUGCGGACGAUGAGAUCGGUCUUUUCGUCCAGUACUUCGAUGAUAUUGUCCUCAAAGAAGAGUCCUACGGUCGAGACGAACUGAAAAGGAAAGCCAUGACGGCCUUGGCUGAAAUAUCUCAAUUCAAGCCUAAUUUGAUCUCCAACAUCACAUUCCCGGCCUUUAUGGCACGCUUGCCUGACUCCGAAGAAGGGGCACGUUCUAGUGACUCAAGUGCUGUGCUCGAAGGGUUGGCGGAGAUCAGCCUCGAGAAGGAACUGCUAGGGACGCUGAUGAGACGUCUCCUGAAUAAAUUGGACUUUCUUUUCAGCUCCAGUCAAGGUCCACCAUUUCCCUACACUUGCCAAAUCUUGGGAACAAUUCUGUACGUCUUGAACCGCAGCGUUUCGGAACAGAAGGCGACAUUGGAUGCAUAUUUCGAACGGGUGGUCGUGGCACUAUCCCGAAGAAUAUCAGACGUCAGUCAUGGUCCGCUGGCGAACGAGAACGUGCUGGAUCUGCUUGGUCGAAUCAUGAACCUGAUCGUCCGAUACUCUGCGGAAGGAGCAAUUCAACGCACUGCAGAAAGCUUUUAUUCUUUAUUCACUCAGUCAUCAACCAGCGAUGAGUCUCACAUCCUCAUCACCUUGAUCAAUCAGCCUACACGAACCAUUCUAUCGACAUGGCUUUUGGCAGCUGUUCCCAGAGGCACGAACUCUUCCCUGCUCGCAAGGGACCAACUGAUCCCGAGCAUCCAAGACUUGGUGUCUUUUGCAUCAAAGGCCCAAAGUCCAGCAGUCACUCAGAGUUGUCUUUCUCAAAUUGCUCUCUACGUCAACAAGCACGUUGCUAUCGCCGAUCUUGGGUUCGUUGACCAUUUAAUCUCACAAAAAUUGUCGGCGCUCAAAGACGAACCCAUGGACGAGACUACAACACCCGACUUUGACAUUCGCCUCCUCUUUGCUCUCUUCAAAGCUCUAAUACUCCGACUUUCUCCUAGGACGAACGAGUACCUGGCCAACCUUGUCGAGCUCCUUGAUUCGAGGCAGUAUCCCCACCAAGUCUCUCAGCGAGCAGCCCGCGGUUUUAUUACUAUCCUAGCAGCCGACGACAUUUUGUCAAAGCAGAAUGGAGCGCAGAUUAGGUUGCUUGCUCCUCAGCGUGUCUUCCAGACGCUCACGCCAAUGAUUUCCGACAAAUUCAAAACAUCGCAGUCAACACCCGAAAAGGAGAAUCUUCUGGUAGCAAUGAGUGGUAUAAUGGCGUCUGUUCCUUCGGAGAUUGUGAUGCCGGAGCUCCCCACCCUGUUGCCACUUCUCUUGCAGUCUUUGGACAUUGCGGACCAGACUGUCAAGAUUGCUACCUUGGAAACUUUUGCAGUCGUUAUAUCGAACAAUCCCUCUGCACUCGAAGAAAGUGGACACAUACCUGCACUGGUGAAGCGACUUAUCGCGGUAGCGACAGUGUCGAAAUCUAAAGCAGCCGGUCCUGUGAAAACUACCUCGUCCGACAAGGGGAAUGCGCCAACUGGCCCAGCGAAUCUGCCGCAAACCCGUCGCUUUGCAACGCGUUGUCUUGCUUUGAUGCCAAAAUACAUCUCGGCCAGUGCAUCACGAGCCAACCCGCUGAUCGCACUCAAGCGCGAAGUCCUGCAUGGUCUGACUAAUAUUUUGGAUGACACGAAGCGCGAUGUGAGGAAGGAGGCCGUUGACGCGAGAGCAGCAUGGUUAAGAGAAGUUGAUGAUGUAAAUGAUGACGAUGCAUAGACAUGACCGUGGGACGUAACAGGUACAUAAAUGGGCCUAUAGAACCAACUGCAGAUCAGAAAUAGAGAGGCAUGGGGAAUAAUCAUUUCAAACAUGAAGAGUGCGAUGACUUCUCCGGAUCAAAGGCGUGUGUAGUUAGUUAUACGGACCUACGGAUAG